CAAUGGCGUAGUUGAAGGCGGUAGGGUUAAUCUCGGGAGUGGAGCAACACCAGAAGAUGAAAGCCACCUGUCGGUUUUUCAUCCACGUACUGCAUCUUCAUCUCUCGACAACAAGAGCCUUACAAGAACUUCUACAAACCUACCAGCAAACCGUGGAAGCCGUAAAAGCUGGCAAAGUGGUGUUCAGUCCGAUGCUCCUAUGAUCAACACACGAAGAAACGAGUACAAACUUCUAAAAAAAGAGCGUGUGGCAGUGAUGCGACAAGGUCAACAUCUCAGUUGGCGAGCACGAAUAGAAAAACGCGCUUCGUUGUUAGGGCUAGAAGGGUGUUAAGAUUUUAAGGACUGGACGCACUUGAAAUGAAUCGAAGAUGUUGUUGUUGUUGUUUUGUCUUACGUCGAUAUUGUUCUAUCUCACGUAAGUAUUCGAAACAAGCACAAUGCAUGAAACAGAACUUUGCUAUGUAUUGGCUGUAUCACAAUUGAUUCUUCCUGUUCUAGUUCUAAGCCAUGUUUUCGACAAAGUGUCAUGGGAACAACCUACCAUUCGCCGUGACAGUGUAAAGGAAAUCGCGAGCGUGCUGGUCAAUGGAGGCAAGGCUGGGGAAAUUUUGAGAGACUUGGUCCUCAGUAGACGAGCACUCUGUCGCGGGAACAAAGUUGAGCCGUUCCUACGCGUUCUCGGAAGUUCCG